UUCUCUUUUGGUAUCUAAAUAAUUAUUCUCUAUCAUGGGAUUUGAUCCUAUCAACAACAAGACAUACACUUCUUUAGUUCCCUUUGUCUUGAAAAGUUACUUGACAUGUAAACGUUAAAAAUGCUGCGAGCUAACGUCCACUAGAUCUCCCCUACAUUUAGCUAAAAAGGAAACAACACUCACCACACUAAAGUUUCUAUAUUACAUUGGCUAAGCAAUAUCCAUAUAUGGUUUCAGACAUUUGCAGGUUGGUCUCAAAGCAGAAAGUGAGCAUGGAGAGAACCUAUUUGGGCAGUGAAGGAGAUAAUACAUCAAGUGGGUUUUUAUGGCCUCAAAGAAACUACACUUGUAGCUUUUGCAAGAGGCAGUUUAACUCUGCUCAAGCUCUUGGAGGCCACAUGAAUGUUCAUAGGAGAGAUAGAGCCAUGUUGAUACAGCUGCCUCCUUGGGUUUUUGAAUGUCCAAACCCUAAUAAUUCCAAAUCCCACUCAAACCCUAGUUUUUCAUCUUCAACAUCUUUAUCAUCAUCAUAUCAUUACUCUCACCAUUCUUUCCUCUCCCCAUCUCUCACUUCUUCUUUCUCUUCAUCACCAUCUUAUAACCAGAAAGAGAAGAAAUCCACACCUGAAAGCCACCACUCUUCCAGUCCUCUAAUAAGUGAAGAUUUAACGAAGAAGAAGAAGAACAUGAGAGCUGUUGUUGAGGCUCAAGAAUUAGAUUUUGCACAGAAAUAUGAGCUUGAAGUUUUGAAGAAAAGUGAAGUUAUUAGCUUGGACUUGGAGAUAGGGUGUAAAGAUCCAAAAGAAGCUUUGGAUUUGGAGCUUAGACUUGGCUGUUUUUAGUCUCAAAGCUCUACUACUUCUAAUUAAUCUUUUGGCCAUGAUGUUAUUAGCUUCUUCUGCUGCAUUCUCAUUCACCAAUUAAUUUUGAGUAGGAGAUGCUCUAAAAGUUAAUGUUCAGAGGUGAUCAAUAUGAAGAUUAAUUGCAGCUUGCAGACAAAAAAAGAAGAAAAGAAAAGAUGAUGAUUGUUUCUUACUACUCAACUAGCUGAGUAGCCUUUAAUUAAUUAUAAUAAUCUUUUUCGUGCACUUUUGUAAUUCAUCUUUUAUCUAUAAAAUUUAUGUCUAAUUAAUGCGUAAUCCUGUUUAAGGCUGGUUUUUGAUUA